AUGAAAUACCGUAAUAAUACUAAGGCAUGGAUGCUUGCAGUCUAUUUUCAAGACUGGUUGAAAGAUUUUGAUGCUCAAAUGGCAAAAAAAUAUAAAAAUCAGCGAGUGCUUCUUUUACUUGAUAAUUGUA